CCAUUUCAAAAAUUAUCUGAUUAUAAUCAUCAUCAUUUUAUGGAUGAUAAUGAUCAACAACAACAACAACAACAAUCAACGAUUCGAUUAUGGAAAAAAUCACCAUCAUCAAUGAUCAAUAAUGUUAUGGUGGAUAAUAUGGCCGUUUCGGAUUCAACUGGAUCGAUAAUAAAUCUAACAGAUUUAAGUGAAUCGAAUGCAGCAUUCAUCGGAACGAUUUGUUUGGCCAGUGGUUUUAUUCUGUUGGCUUUAUUUGCAACAAUUUAUUAUUAUCGUAAACGUAGUUUAUAUCAAACAGAUUUUGUUCAUGGAACAGCAAAAACCAAUGAUACAAAAAUAUUAUUAUUACAAAAAGAUUUAAAAUUUUCGAAUGAAAAACCAUAUAAAAUUGGUAAAACACCGGCUGUUCGAAGUCCAAAUUCAUCAUCGGGUGCAAAUAGUGGUAAUUCGAACGUUGUAAUCAAUCCGUUUCAAAAGAAAAGCCCGAGUCCUACCGGUGGAUUAUCACCAAAUGAUGAAAUGAAAAAUGUAAAUUCAUUACGUAAUUUGGAUUUGGAAUCAGGUAGCGUUGGUGGUAAUAAUCGUAAAAAUAGUCAAUCAAGUUGUAAUAGUUCAAAACAUUGUUCACCGAUCAAUGAAGAACCGAUAACAGCGAUCAAAUCAAAAUCAUCCGCAUCACCAACAACAACAACUGAAUCGAAAGUUAGCAAUGUCGAUGUUGAUAAUAAACAAAUAUCAUCAUCAACAACAACGAAUCAAACAAUGGCAACAACAACAACUAAUAAUAAUGCAACAAUGGCAGUAAAAAAUCUUGGAAAAUUACAUUUUAAAUUGAAAUAUAGUUAUGAAAAACGUGCACUUUGCUUAGUGAUUAAUCGUUGUACGGAUUUACAGGCAAAAGAUUCAAACAAUAAUAGUACAUUGGAUCCAUAUGUAAAAAUGCAAUUAUUACCGGAAAAACAACAUAAAGCUAAAACACGUGUAUUACGUAAAUCAUUGAAUCCAAUUUAUAAUGAAGAAUUUACAUUUUAUGGUAUAACAUCAAAUCUAUUGGAAAAUUUAAUCAUACAUUUUGUUGUAUUGAAUUUUGAUCGAUUUUCAAGAGAUGAAAUUUUAGGUGAAACAUUUUGCCGUUUAAAUCAAUUUGAAUUUGAUUCAUUGGAAAAACAAUUGACAUUAUGUCAGGAUUUAGUACCAGUUGGUAAUAAGCUCAAAAUACAUGAUCUAGGUGAAUUAUUAGUAUCACUUUGUUAUCAACCGAUUGCAAAUCGUUUAACUGUUGUUAUUUUAAAGGCAAGAAAUUUACCAAAAAUGGAUCUAACCGGAUUGUGUGAUCCAUACGUAAAGAUUUAUUUAUUUCAUAAUCAGGAACGUAUUUCAAAAAAACGUACACAUAUAAAACGUCGUACAUUAUCACCAGUAUUUAAUGAAAGUUUUAUAUUCGAUAUACCAUCGGAUGAAUGUUUAGAUAAUAUUCAUUUAAAAUUUUUAAUAUAUGAUCAUGAUCGUGUUACACGUAAUGAAUUUAUUGGAAAAGUGGAAAUUGGUUCAAAAACCGGUAUACAAACGACGGAAAAACAUUGGCAUGAAGUAAUUAAAUCACCACGUAGACAGAUUGCUGAAUGGCAUCGAUUAACAGAUGAUAAUAAUAAUAGUGGUGGUGGUGAUAAAUGAUGAUGA